AUGGCCCCCAUCCUCACCGUUCUCUUUGGCUGCUGUCUCCGUGCCCGCAGCCCUUCUCUGGACGACCCGGACGAAAACACUCCGUUCAUUGCUCCUGCGGAAGAUGUUGCCCCGUACGUACCCCGCAAUUACAGCAUUGACCACCAAAAAAUGAAGGAGCGCUUGGGUCACAUUGUGCGUUCCAAGGAGGGCAAGAUGGUGAACGUGAACCAAAAGCUUCCCUUCAACAUGCACAAUCGCCCCACAUAUCGCCAGGACCGCAGCACGAACCCAUCUCCGGAAUCCCCCUCGACCUCUGCGUUCCCCCACCACCACCGUCGUACCCACUCGCGCGACCCGUCCCCGUCGAUCCAAACCAGCCGAUCCACGUCGUCCCUCCACCCCGGUGACGCUUCCUAUCUCCCACCCGAAGCCGACCCAGACGGCAUAGUCCGCAAGCCGAUCCUCAACCUGCGUCUCAUCCGCGGACACGGUGGCUUCACGACUGGCGGCCGAAUACGGCAAGGACGGAGCACCGUCCGCGGGCGGCGAGGCCGGUGGGGCGAGGAGCGCGCGACGGACAGCAGCGAAGAGCCUGACGCCGCCGUGGGCCCCUCACGCGGACGCACGGGGCUAGGUGACGGUGCAGAAGAGCCCGUGCUCGAGGUCGAGUCGCCGUCGACGCCGGGAGACGCGAGCCAGGACCGGGUCGACGCCGGCCGCAGGGCGGCGCUCCUCGCCGCGCAGUUCAAGAUCGAGGACGUCGGGAACAUCUCCCAGAGCUGGGGCGAGUGA